CUAAGUCCCUUUCAGUAAGCAGCUACUGAGGGGUUUUUAAGAAAUUAAUCAGUCAUGUCCACAGCUGCUUCCCGAUUCAAUUUCUGGCUCAUUUCGCUUCUUGUAUUGGCAAUGGAAGCCAUUAUUGCUCCUACCGCUGAGGCUCGAGCCUUCUUCAUAUUUGGUGAUUCACUUGUUGAUAGCGGCAACAACAACUAUCUAGCAACAACUGCCCGAGCUGACUCACCCCCUUAUGGGAUUGAUUUUCCCACUCGUCAACCCACAGGCCGUUUCUCUAAUGGCUUCAACAUCCCAGACUUAAUCAGUGAGAAAAUUGGCCAAUCACAACCCCCGUUGCCAUACUUGAGUCCGCAGCUCACCGGACAAAGGCUUCUGGUUGGUGCCAACUUUGCUUCGGCAGGGAUUGGAAUUCUCAAUGACACUGGAGUCCAAUUUCUGAACAUAAUUAGGAUGUUUAGACAACUUGACUACUUCGAAGAAUACCAACGUCGACUGAGUGCUCUCACAGGAACUAAACAAUCUCGCCGACUUGUGAACCAGGCGCUUGUACUUAUCACGGUUGGUGGCAACGAUUUUGUAAAUAACUACUACUUGGUUCCCUUCUCUGCAAGAUCUCGCCAAUUCGCUUUGCCAGAUUAUGUCAAGUUUCUCAUUUCAGAGUACAGCAAGCUAUUAAUGAGGCUUUACAAACUGGGAGUAUGUAGAGUUCUAGUGACAGGCACAGGGCCGAUAGGUUGUGUUCCGGCGGAACUGGCCAUGCGAGGAACAAACGGCGGAUGCUCAGCUGAACUGCAAAGAGCGGCAGCCUUGUACAACCCGCAAUUAGUUAAUAUGCUACAAGGGCUGAACAAAAAAAUCGGAAAAACCGUAUUUAUUGGAGUAAAUACUCAACAAAUGCACACGGAUUUCGUCAGUAACCCUCAAGCAUAUGGAUUUACAACAUCACAGGUAGCAUGUUGUGGGCAAGGACCAUAUAAUGGGCUUGGUUUAUGCACAAGAUUGUCGAAUUUGUGCGCCAACCGUAGCCAGUAUGCAUUCUGGGAUGCAUUUCAUCCAUCGGAGAAGGCGAACAGAGUAGUAGUUCAGCGCAUCAUGAGCGGCUCUACCAAAUAUAUGACCCCCAUGAAUCUCAGCACUAUCUUGACCUUGGACUCCAUGUCCUCAUGAUUUAAUUUCUUUACUAUAGAAAUUAUGUAUUUUGAUAAUGCAUGUCCAAUGCUUUAUCAUAUUGUUUAUUUGUCUUUUGAUUAUGAUUUUCUAAUCGUAACUGGUGAUUAUUAAGUUAUUUAUGAAGAGGAAGAAAUUAAGAUAAAUAAUGGGUUUG